AUGGUUGCGCACCAUGAACGGCAUUCCAAAAACAACGACGCGAUUCGCGACAUCAUCAUCGGUUUCGCUGACGGUCUCACCGUACAAUUUGCCCUCACAGCGGGUCUAUCCUCUCUUGGCAACACUCGAUUAGUCCUGAUAGGCGGCCUCGCGGAGCUUUUCAGCGGAGCAAUCUCUAUGGGGCUUGGGGCAUACCUGGCAACUGCUACAGAGCGGCCACAUUAUAAGUCAGAAGAGGCUCGGGAGAUGAAUGAGGUGCUCGAGAAGCCAGAGGACGAGCGGGCCGAGAUAUUCGAGAUUAUGAGCAAGUAUAAUCUUUCCGCCGAGGCCGUUUCACGACUGGUAUACGAGCUGGUACAAGACCGAGAGCAGUGGGUCAGGUUCAUGAUGGACUUUGAGCUUGGCCUGGAGCUUCCGGAAGCCAGCAGAGCCAGGGUCAGUGCUGUUACCAUGGGGCUAAGCUACUUUAUUGGGGGCUUGAUUCCUAUGAUUCCUUACUUUAUCAUGAAGCAAGCAACAAAGGCGUUAUUUGUGUCUAUUGGAAUCACCGUGGUCAUCCUCCUGACAUUUGGCUACAUCAAAAGUUGGGUUACGGUGCGGAACCACCGUGGUAGCAUGUGGGGCGUUCUGCAGACACUAACCAUUGGUGCAGUGGCAGCAGCAACUAGCUAUGGUAUACUGCAGCUUGAUAUGAGGGAUGUUGGCUUUGAGGCAGUAGGUUUGAAGAGCUUCAACUUCUUCGGCGAGAACGCUGAUCGAAAGAGGGCGCAAAACACCAGCACCGGUUAG